AUGGUCAACAAGUUUGCCUAUCUAGGCAGCACACUCUUCCAUGCUGUCCACGUCGAUAACAAAGUCAACACAAGGCUAGCAAAAGCAGACUCCGGCCGUGUGCUGCCUCUUCGGCGCCCCCCCCUGCCCCAGCCGCAUCGCCGCCAAGCUGGCCUUCCUGCCCCCCGAGCCCACCUACACCGUGCUGCCGCCCGAGCCGCAGCCACAGCAGGAGGCUGGGCCCGGGACGGCUGGGCCGGGGCCGGGGGCCGGAGCAGGGCCCGGGGCCGGUGCCGGGGUGGCGGGGACACCGCCGGGUGUGGGCACCUGCAGCCUGCACCUGCGGACUGGCAGUACUCGCAGCGGGAGCUGGACGCCGUCGAGGUCUUCUUCUCCCGCACGGCGCGCGACAACCACCUGGGCUGCAUGUUCGUGCGCUGCGCGCCCGCGGGCCGCUACACGCUGCUCUUCUCGCACGGCAACGCUGUGGACCUGGGCCAGAUGUGCAGCUUCUACAUCGGCCUGGGCUCCCGCAUCAACUGCAACGUCUUCUCCUACGACUACUCGGGCUACGGCGUGAGCACGGGCAAGCCCUCCGAGAAGAACCUGUACGCCGACAUCGACGCCGCCUGGCAGGCCCUGCGCACCAGGUACGGUGUUAGCCCUGAGAACAUUAUUCUGUAUGGUCAGAGCAUUGGAACUGUCCCAACUGUGGAUCUGGCAUCUCGGUACGAGUGUGCAGCUGUAAUCCUUCAUUCUCCUUUGAUGUCUGGAUUACGGGUAGCUUUUCCUGACACCAGGAAAACAUACUGCUUUGAUGCUUUCCCAAGCAUCGACAAGAUCUCUAAAGUAACUUCUCCUGUGUUGGUCAUUCAUGGUACUGAAGACGAGGUAAUAGAUUUCUCCCAUGGCCUGGCGAUGUACGAGCGCUGUCCCCGAGCAGUGGAGCCCCUCUGGGUCGAGGGGGCUGGGCAUAAUGACAUAGAGCUUUAUGCACAAUAUCUAGAAAGACUAAAACAGUUCAUAUCUCAUGAACUCCCCAACUCCUGAAGAAGCCUACUUGAUCUUACCUCAGUUACUGUGAAUGGAAGAAAUUACCUGUUUUUGCACAUGCUUUAACUGGAUAGCUGUAAUAGCUUUAUACUAUGAAGAAAUGCCCUUUACUUUAGGGUGUUCUAAUCAAACAUCUGAUGAAAUUUGUCUUUUAUAUCAGGAAGUUAUUCUACUAAUGCACACAAUAUGGUCAACUACUGUAAUUCCAACAAUUUUUAGCUUCAUUACCCUGGAGGAAGUGGGAAUACUAGCUGAUUAUGGGGACACUUUUUACCUAGUGCUGUAUUAAUAUUCUAAAGUCAGUUUUCUCUACCUUACUUCUAAUCAUUUAUAAUUCUGUCCUACAAGACUUUUUUCAGUGUUGUCAAUAUUUGGAACACAUCUGUUAUGAACUACAGCUUGUUCUAAACAAUCAAUUUGUGGGUUCAAUCUAAGGGAGUACUUUCUUUGUAAAGUUUCUAGCUGUGGUAUUGUAACUGGAAAGUUAUUGUGAUGAAGUUUUUGGGUUUUUUUUUCCCUCUUAGUGUUUUUUUCUUAACCUACUGAUCUUCCCAAGUAAAUUAUUUGAAAUGUUCUACUCUUCCCUGGAAAAAACAAACCACAUGAACUACUACUACAUGGGGCUAAAUUCUGUAACAACCUCUCAAUUUUCUGUAUAACUGGAAUAUCUGCAAGGAAAAGUAAUGCUAAAUUGUUUUUGUUUAAAAAAAAUAAAUGUGUAAAUUUACUACUAGAAAACUCAUUUUAAUAUUCAGAUGGUCUGAAUAAGAGCCAUAACAGACAUUUCCUUCUGUAAAGCAUUCCUGUAGACUUUUUAAAAGUACUGUACAUAUUUGAAUUUACAUUGUGCAUAGAUUCUUAAUUGGUAGUUUUAAUUUAAGCCUAGUUACAAUAAACUGCAAAAUUCUGGUUUGUAUAUGAUUGAAUACAUUUUGUUAAAUAAGUUUUUAUCCCUAUAUUAUUUUGCUAUUAAAAGUUUUAUAACGUUUCCAGGACAAAAAAAUUUACACAUUUAUGUUUUGAUGAAUUUAUGUAACUAAAUUUUCAUUGAACUGACCUUUUUAGUUUAGAAUUUGAUUAUUUGACACUGGAAUCGCACAGAAUAUGCAUCAGAAAUGCAAGACACUAAAAAUUGUUACACUAGUAGCAUAGGUCUAAUUUUUUCCAAAUUUAAAGGCCUUAAAUGUACUGUAAGCCUCAGAUUGUUGUAAAAAUUGAUUGCGGUUGAUUGCAGUUUGUGUCCUGUUGCUGGAAUGCAACACAGUGGUUGUAAUGGAAUAAAGGAUGCAUGGAUUAG